AAUUCGAAAAGUUGUAAAAUUGGAAAUUCCUGUAAAAGAAGAAAACAACGAUUAUUAUCUUUAUAUAAAUAAGUUAAUGUUUGCGAUUAAUGAGAUGGAAAAACUUGUGGAAAAUUUAAACUCGGAACUUAGUAAAAAAUCUUCAAAAAAAAAUGAGAAAGAUUUUUUGAUAUCAUCUUUAGAAGCUGACAAACCUGAAGAAUUGCAAAUGGCAUUUAAUCUUGAAGCCGAAUCUCAGUUCAAUGCAGUACUUCAAGAUUUCUUAAGGAAUUAG